CAUCAGCGUUCAAAGAUGUUCCAACGCUUCUCGCUCGUCAAUCUGGCCGCUGUGCUGGUCGUCUUGGCCUAUUCGGCCGUUCAAGUCCCUGCCGCAGCCGUUGAACGCGAGGGCCGUACGACCCUCUCCUCAGCUACAAUCACCGUGUUGAGCACUUCCCUACUUCCUGGCGCAUCGACAUCGACUGUCUUAACCAAGAAAGUAUGCGGCACCAUCGAUGGAGGCGUCUCUUCUGCUUGCCGUCGUAAGCGUCAGUUCUGGAUCGACGUUCCCAUUUUAAUUGCCCAGAAUCCUGAAACUGCUGCCUACAUUUAUCAACAGUUCCAGCCUUCCCCCGUCUUCAGUGUGGAACCGACGCCGGUCGUUCAGUUCCGCGAUAGCUUCGACCAGCCUUCGGCGUUCAUCGAUUCAUCUUUGGAUGAAAUGACCAACCCCCGACUUAGCGGCGGACUGAUCUCGCCCAUCAACACGAUCCGCACGUCAUUGCUGGCCAUCGCCUCGAACGUCAUCAACAGUUUCUUGACGCCCACCGUGACAUUCACGAGCGUCGUGAACGGCUACUCUUCGACAACGACGACCACCAUUUUCACAACCACCGAGACUUACACAGUGGCCGGAUGCAUACCGGAAGGCCUCGAGUUCUCUGCUUGCUAAGAAAAAAUGCCAUUGACAAUCGGC